AUGAAGCCAGUGGCAUUUACUAAUAAUAUUACGGUGUCCUCGCACUUAACUCUUCCAUCGCCUAAUGACCAGGCGAUGAUGUUGGACACAACGGUUAUGCAUACAGCCUAUGGUAUGGCAUGGCUCGAGCAAGCCCCCCCGGCGUUCACGACCUCCGACUAUGCUGUCAUGCCGUUUUCUAGUCAGGCUACGAGUACGCACUACCGACCGGGCGAGAAUUUGACCGCCGCCACUGACAUGCUCACCACGGAAAUAAAUUGCUGGCAGCCAUUGACAACUAAACUACCGCCGGCAAGCACCUACACGUUCGACAAUGGUCAUGGCUGCGCUGUCAACGUCAGUUUCUUCCAGGCCCAUCCCUAUAACAAUGACACUUCCAUCAUCCUCUACAUCGGCUAUCACGGAAGUCCAAUCCUCGACUAUUACCUUGAGAGCCCGCUUUGCAGCAAAAAUUCAACCAACCAAUUCCUCACCAUCUUCGCCUCGAGGCACAUGGAUGAAAAACUCGGCAGCUACGAAACGAACAUGACGGCUUUAUUUUGCGAAACCUCGUAUCACAAACAGCCCGUGUCUGUCACAGUUUCUGCAGAGUCGGGCCGUCCUCUAAAUGAGUCAUUAGUUCCGAUUGGAGUAAAGGAACAUCUCACACAGGAUGAAUUCAAUUCCACGGCAUUCUCAUACCUUACGGGUGUGGGAAUGCCUCCUGAUACUCCUACCGCCACACGCGACUUUCCAGCGGCUACCACAUUUGAGCCCUGGGGUAGUCUUAGCAAAGAGAAUGUCGCCGGACCAACGAUGCCAAUGGUCAAUCUUGCCCUAGGCCUCUCAGGCGAGCUCGCAUCUGACUUCCAGCAUGCUCCGGUUAUGGAGCGUGCUUUUACCCUAGCUCAUAAAACAGUAUUCUCUGCCGCGAUCUCACAUCUUGCUUCCGAAACCCGAGAGAAUAAACAGGCAGACGGUACGAGCAGCUACAUUCUAAAUGGGGUUGUAGUUAGUAGAACAAUCUCGGCUGUUCUCGAGUGUCUGCUGGCCCUGCUCGUCUUUCUCAUGGGGGGCGUAUUGUACACUUGUAUGAAGGCAAAGAGCAACCUCGUAUCCGAUCCUGCAACGAUCGGAUUUGCCUUCAGAUCCGUGAGAGCCAGCCGAGCUGUCCUCAAUAGGCUGGCAAUGGAGGAUUGCUCCGACAACGGGACACUUCAAAGAAAUCUUGCUGGAGAACAAUUUUUCCUCGAACAGGGAACAACGGGCAAUGUUCUCGAGAUGGAAUCCAAGGCCGACGACGCUGUCAACAUGGCUGACCGAAGGCAGAAUGUUCAAUAUGAUCCUGUUCGGCCCAAAGAGUCACACCCUCUGACGGGAUGUUUGCUUAUUGCUGUACUUCUUGCCGGAGCUGGGGUCCUGAUUUACUUUAAGAAGAUGGAGCAGAAGUUACAAGGACUACCACGACCAAGCGAGAAUUUCGAAGUUCUACAACUACUAGAGAACUACAUUCCGACGGCCCUCACAACACUCUUGGACCCGUUUCUUGUUCUUUUGACAAGAUUAUUCUGCAUGCUGCAACCGUUCAAUAUCCUGCGCAAAGGAAAAUGCAACCCGCAGCACACUCUGGAGACCAAGUACACGUCACUGCCACCUCAGCUGGUCUUGUGGCGGGCCGUACGAUCCCGAGACUUCUUACUCAGCACUCUUUGCUUGAUGGCUCUUCUUGUUAAUGUCCUCACUGUUGCACUUGGUGGUACAUUUAAUGAGUUGCCGGUGCAGCUUCAGUAUCCCACGACCUUUGCGGAAGCUCGAACGACUACUCUCAGCCGUGACACAUUACUAGACACCACCUACAUGAUCCGCUACGUUUACCACGACCACUAUUACGCUGCAUCCACAAAUAUUUCUCACAACACCACACUACCGCCUUGGGUCUCGACCAAGUACACAUUCCUCCCAGUCAACAUAACCUCCGAGUCACCGAGGUCACCAGAUUCGUAUCGGGCUACACUACGAGGCUUUGGAGUGGAGCCUAAAUGUGAAGCCAUGGCAACAUCGCCUUCUUCAACCUCCGGGUCAUUUGCAAACGUCACCCACCUGAUCAAUGGUUUUACUGUCGAAGGUACUACGUUCAACUUUCGCCGCGAUGAUGGCACCUGGCAAACGUGCGAACCCACAGACCUUAAUGUGGGAUCCAACACUACGGGACUGGGCGCUCGAGAAGUCAUCACUCCACUCACAAUCCCAACGGAUCAGAGUGGCAGCGCAGCCUCUCAAGACCACAUUUGUGAGGACCGCUUUGUGGCUGGCUGGAUCCGCAUGGACACCAAAGACCCAGCGAAUACAUUCCGAUCAACCUUCCUGUCAUGUCAGGCAGUACUCCGUACAGCCACGUUUGACGUCGAUUUCGAUAAGGCGGGGCAUAUUCUUGCCUACACGCAGAGAGGAGACUUUGACGAUAUCACAUCCUUAAUGUCUCGAAACAUGUCCCAGAGGCUGAUUAGGCAGGCAAACAAGCUCGUCAACAACAGUGGAAGGCCCUUUGCGAUCUAUGCAUGGCACAACACGACUCUGGUCUCUGACUGGUGGAACUAUCUCAUGAAGAUGUACCUCAACAGCACUGAUCUGGUUGAUCCCAGCUUGGAUAUCCCCAAGCCUGAAGCCGUGAUUCCCACUGUGGAGGACUUGUAUCGGAGAUUGUUCGCGAUCGUACUCGGGAAAAACCUCGACUUAUUCGAAGAGCCAGCCAAGCCAACGGACGUGCCUGGCAUCGCCAUCAUUACUGAGACGCGCAUCUUCUUAGACGACAAAGCAUAUCUCUUGAGCGUUAUCAUUCUCUGCGCCAACGCAGCUGUUUUGAUGUGGGCCUACCUCGCACAGAGCGAUGCGUAUUUGCCCCGCUUGCCGUCGACACUGGGAUCUGUGCUUGCAUACGGGGCAGCUAGUCGAGCAAUCAGAGAAUACGGAGAUGGUAUCAAUACCGACCAGGAGAUAUGGCAUAAUGAGGACUUUUAUGGGACGUACUCGUUUGGGAAGUACGUAGGCGUCGAUGGUAACGCUCAUGUUGGCAUUGAGAUGGAUCCCUUUGUAACACCAAUUAACGGAACCAUGCUAAAGCGCCGAGCAUCUGCGAGGUUAUGGUUUAGGAAGAAGGAGCAAGAGCCACAUGACUGA